AUGGCCUUCCCUCAUGUUCUUGCUUUGCCAUUCCCAAUUCAAGGAAAUGUGAACCCCCUCAUGCAAUUUUCUCAACUUUUGGCUAAACAUGGCUGCAAGAUCACUUUUGUGCAAACAGAGUUCACCCACAAACGAGUGAAUAAUCCAUCUGGUGCUGGCAAAGACAUGCUUGAAGGGUCACAGAUUAAGAUUGUGACUCUCCCUGAUGGUUUGGACCCUGAAGACAAUAGAACUGAUAUCUUCAAACUUUUAUCCUCAAUGAAAAGCACCAUGCCUGCAAGGCUUCAAAAGCUUAUUGAAGACAUUAAUGCUUUGGAGGAUGUGGGCAAUAAGAUCAGUUGCAUUGUUGUUACUGUUAACAUGGGUUGGGCCUUGGAAGUUGCCAAGAAAUUGGGAAUCAAAAGGGCUUUACUCUUUCCAGCCUCAGGAACUUCCAUGGCCUGUAUUUUGAGCAUACCAAAGCUGAUUGAGGACAAGAUUAUUGAUGCUGAAGGACUUCCCAUCAAAAAACAAGAAAUCCAACUCUCCCCAAACAUGCCUAUGAUAGACCCAACAGAGUUUCCAUGGCAUGGCCAAAGUAAGUUCAUCUUUGAUCGCAUUGUGCAGGAAGUUCAACCCAUGAACAUAGCAGAAUGGUGGCUUUGCAACACUGCUUAUGAUCUUGAGCCAGGACUAUUUUCCAUAUCCCCAAAGUUCCUACCAAUUGGCCCAUUAAUGGGGAGUGAUGACAACAACAAAAUUUCAUUGUGGAAAGAAGACACAACUUGCUUGGACUGGUUAGAUCAACAUCCACCUAAAUCUGUGAUAUAUGUUUCCUUUGGUAGUAUGGCAGUGAUAGGACCAAACCAAUUCAAAGAGUUAGCUCUUGGACUUGAUCUUCUUAACAAGCCUUUUCUUUGGGUUGUGCGUAAAGACAAUGGUGUUGAGGAAAACAAUGCAUACCCAGAUGAAUUCAGGGGAAGUCAUGGGAAAAUUGUUGGUUGGGCUCCACAAAAGAAGAUUUUGAGCCACCCUGCAAUAGCAUGCUUCAUUAGUCACUGUGGUUGGAAUUCUACCAUUGAAGGUGUGUAUAAUGGGGUACCUUUCCUGUGUUGGCCAUUUUUCUCUGACCAACUUCUUGACAAGUCUUAUAUUUGUGAUGUGUGGAAGAUUGGACUUGAAUUAGAAAAGGAUGAAAAUGGAUUAAUAUCAAGGGGAGAGAUAAGGAAGAAGGUGGAACAACUCCUUGGUGAUGAUGACAUAAAAGCAAGGUCUUUGAAAAUGAAGGAAAUAGCCAAAACUAGCAUAGCAGAAGAUGGCCAAUCAUCAAAGAAUCUAGACAAGUUUAUCAAUUGGGCGAAGUAUUAA